GUCAGUUGUGUACUCUGUAUACAUAGGCGGCCGGUUCCUACGUGUUUUGCGGUCUGAAGGUGAACUUUAUGGUUUAUGGGCGUGUAGUCUGAUUUUUAGUAACGUUUGGUAAACAUCGCACAACAUGGCUUUGCAAGUGGAUCCGGCAUUCCGAGAUGCAGGGAAGAAAGAAGGCUUAAAAAUAUGGAGGAUAGAGAACAUGAAGGUGGUUAGCUGGCCAGAAAAGGACUACGGUCACUUCUUCCAGGGAGACUCCUAUAUUGUCCUUCAUACUCGCAAGGUUGGAAGUGGUUUUGAAUGGAAUAUUCACUUCUGGCUAGGCCGAGAAACAUCUAAUGAUGAAGCCGGUGUGGCAGCAUAUAAAACAGUUGAGUUAGAUGAUCAUCUUGGAGGAAGUCCUGUUCAACAUCGUGAGGUUCAAGAACAUGAAGGCCAACUUUUUAUCUCAUACUUCAAAAAAGGUAUCCGCUAUCAAACUGGAGGAAUCAAGUCUGGCUUCAAACAUGUUGACCGCACCAAAUUUGAGAAGAGACUCCUGAAGGUGAAAGGGAAGAGGAAUGUCCGUGUUAUACCAGUUGCUCUGGAGUGGGCAUCUCUGAAUCAAGGAGAUGUCUUUAUUCUGGAUUUAGGUCAACAAAUCUUCGUUUGGCAUGGAACUGAGAGCAACAGGAAGGAGAAAAUGAAGGGUAUUGAGGUUGCCCAGAGUAUUCGAGAUGAUGAAAGAGGUGGCAGGGCCCACAUCGAAGUAUUAAACGGAGCCCAGAAGGAAAUAAACCCAGUUGCCCUUGCUGCUCUUGGGGGCCAGAAAGGAUCUAUUGCUUCUGCUAGUGCUGGGGGUGAUGAUGAGAAGUUCUCAAGGAAGCUUCAAGCCAACACCAAGCUCUACAAGGUUACUGAUGAGUCUGGCUCACUGGUUGUCACGGAGAUUGGCGGACCACCACUCAGUCAAGAUUCACUCAACUCAAAGGAUUGUUUCAUCGUCGAUCAAGGCCCUUCAGGAAUCUUUGUAUGGAAGGGGAAGGGGGCAACAAAGAAUGAGAAAGAUAGGGCUUUCAAGAACGCCUUGGGUUUUAUCAAGGCUAAGAAAUACCCAUCUCACACACCGGUUACCACGGUGAUAGAGAACGGGGAGCCUGCUCAGUUUAAGGCAAUCUUCAAGAACUGGAGGGACAAAGGAGAUGUCACAGGUCCAGGAAAGACAUACAGUGUUGGACGAGGCAUUGCUCGAGUACAGCAAAAGAAAUUUGACGCAAGUACACUCCACCAGGUCAAAACCUCUGACCUUGAAUCUGACCCUGCAAUGGCUGCUCAACUAAAGAUGUUUGAUGCUGGUGAUGGAAAAAUUGAGAUCUGGCGUGUUGAAAACUUUGAUCUUCAUCCACUGGAAAAGCAGUUGUACGGCCAAUUCUUUGGUGGGGAUUCUUACGUAAUCUUGUACACGUACCGUCAACGAGGGCGAGAACAAUACAUCAUCUAUUAUUGGCUGGGCCGUGAGUCAUCAAAAGAUGAAAUGGGAACAGCAGCUCUAAAAGCGACGGAAAUGGAUGACAAAUAUGGUGGAGCACCAGUUCAGGUUCGCUGCGUGAUGGGUAAAGAACCUCCACAUUUCUCUAGUCUAUUCAAGGGUAAACUUAUCAUACAUAAGGGUGGCAAAGCUAGUGGAUUCAAAAAUUCUUCAGAAAAAGACAAAAGUUACACUGGUGGUUGUAGAGUAUUCCAAGUUAAAGGAACCAAUGAAUUCAACACAAGAGCCGUAGAGGUACCAGCAAAGGCUUCCUCUCUCAACUCCAAUGACAUUUUUGUCAUUCAGAACAAAAAGCAAGUCUUCCUGUGGUGUGGUAAGGGAGGCAGUGGUGAUGAGCGACAGUUGUCUAAAAAUAUUGCAAAAACUAUUUCUCCAGUUGGUGACUUUACAAUGGUACCAGAAGGACAAGAACCAUCUGACCUCUGGACCAUCCUUGGCGGCAAGAGCACUUAUGCAUCAGACAAAGUAUUUGGAGAUGAAAUCCCAACCCACCCAGCUAGACUUUUCCAGUGCUCAAAUGCUUCAGGAAACUUCACCGUUGAGGAGAUUCACAACUUUGUUCAAGAUGAUUUAAUUGAAGAUGAUGUGAUGAUGUUGGACACAUAUGAUGAGCUUUUUAUAUGGAUUGGGAAAGGAGCGAAUGAAACAGAGAAGAAAGAAGUAAUGAAGACAGCCAAAGAGUACAUACAGACUGACCCAAGUGGACGUAAAGACGACUCAGUUUUACUUAUCACAGUCAAGCAAGGAUACGAACCAAUCAACUUCACUGGACACUUCAUGGCCUGGGAUGAUAACAUGUUUGAUGGGUCAAUGUCACUUGAUGAAAAGGUUAACCAGCUGAAUAAAGAAAAUUCCGGAAUUACUAUCACCAAACUUACUGAGGCUGACUUCAAAGUACCAGCAGUGGAAGAUGACCCAAGUACAUUGCCUAAUUAUUCAUUAGCUCAACUGAAACUGGAUGAAUUGCCAGAUGGUGUUGACCCAACAAAGAAAGAGCUUUAUUUGUCAGAAGAGGAUUUUAAGACUCAUUUUGGAAUGGAGUAUGAGAAAUUCAAGGCUAUUCCAAAGUGGAAGCAAGCCAAUUUGAAAAAGAAAGCAGGAAUAUUUUAGUUAAGCACAAUAAAUUGAUUCCCGUAAGAUACAUAGAACCUUAAAUGCUACAAUCAAAUUUCAGUACCUAAUUUUAAUAUUGAUUUUUACUAGCUGUGUGAAAACAUGCCUCCAGAAUGUCUAUUAUUUAUACUAAAUAUGAUAAUGAUAGCUUUUAUAUUCAAUUCUAAAAUAGGUAUUAGGGGCGUGCUGAGAAUUUUGAAUAUUUUUUUAAAUAUGUCUACUUUCAAUUCAAAUACCAAAUUCAGUUUAGUGGUUACUUAAACUGGCAUAAACUGAUUUUUAUUUUUAUCAAAAUAUCUAUAAUUUAUUAUCUUUCUCAUGAUAAUUGGACAUUUUAAUUGUUUUGAUUAAGGAAUUUUUUAAGUCAUGAUCUUGUAUUUUUGGAACACAAAGUGAAUUGUAAAAAUAGUACAAUUUUUAGAUGGUAGGUUUUUUAGUGUGUGUAAAUUAAGGACAUUGGAAAUUAGAUAUAAGUAUAAUAAGUAGAUUAUAAUAGAUUUGCAGUAAACAUGGUUAUUAUUUGGCUUGUACACAUAAUGUUGAAUGUAAUUCGCUGUUUGAUUUUGUGUUUACAUAGAGUUACUAUAGGAAUACUAGAGAGCUAACACCAAUUCAUUUAAGAUUUAAAACAAGAUAUGCUACCUUUGAAAAAAUUGAAACUGAAUGUCAAAAAGGCAAUUAGAAUGUUUAAGGUUCCAAAAGGCUCAUGUAUUCCCAUAAGAAUACAAAAGGCCACAUUCAAAUAUUUGAUUUACAAAUAUUUGAUGCAUGACAUUUUUCUAUCAAUUCCACCCAAUAUUGAAGUAAAGAGGUUUGAAAAGUAAGAAGUCAAGAGGGGUUAAUAGAGGGCCUCAUCAGGCCUACCAGCCUCUUUCACCACUCAUUUAGAUUGGUGUACGAUGAGUUAUUUGUUGCAUAGUGGCACUCUGCUUUUUGCAGCAUACUCAAAGACUUACCUUAUGCAGAUUUUAUUGUGAAUAUUUAGUUACUUUAGUAUUCUUAUGACUCUGAUUUUUCUCAUUAGUUUGUGUUAUUUCUUUACUCCAAUUACUUAAUAAUGAUACAUGUUGUAUUGCUUGUUGUUUGUUGGUUUAUUAAAUGAUUAUGCCAAA